AACGGUAGGCCAGGACGGUGUGAAGAUCUUAGCAGUUGUCCAGCAUUGCUAUUAAAUUUAAGCAGUCUGCGAGAAUCUCUAUGUUUUAAGAGUCUUUUUGUACCAGGCGUUUGUUGUCCAAUUCCGGAAAGUUCCACCAUAUUAACUACUCAAAGACCGUUAAAAUUAACAACUAAAGCAACAACAACCACUGCACGUCCUUCUACACACAAACCAGCUUCAAAUCCAAGUUUGGUGUUAAUACCACAACAAAGACCAACAACAACUACCACCACCACAACCCCAAAUCCACUUGAUGUUAUAUCAAACGAAUUAGAUUUGUUGGGUGGUAAUAAUAUAAUAGAUCCAGAAGAAUGUGGGCAGCAGGAAUAUUCAACUGGGCGCAUUGUAGGUGGUGUAGAGGCACCUAAUGGACAAUGGCCAUGGAUGGCGGCAAUUUUUUUACAUGGACCUAAACGUACAGAAUUUUGGUGUGGUGGUUCUCUAAUAGGCACUAAAUAUAUACUCACAGCGGCACAUUGCACGCGGGAUUCAAGACAGAAACCUUUUGCUGCUCGUCAGUUUACAGUACGUCUGGGUGAUAUUGAUCUAUCAACAGAUAAUGAGCCAUCGGCACCAGUUACAUUUGCGGUUAAGGAGGUUCGCGCACAUGAGAGAUUUUCAAGAAUUGGUUUCUAUAACGACAUUGCUAUAUUGGUGCUUGAUAAACCAGUACGCAAAUCAAAGUAUGUGAUACCAGUGUGCCUACCAAAAGGUAAUCGCAUGCCACCAAAAGAACGCUUACCAGGACGUAGGGCGACUGUUGUCGGUUGGGGUACCACGUACUAUGGCGGAAAAGAAUCUACAACACAAAGACAAGCGGAACUUCCAAUUUGGCGUAAUGAAGAUUGUGACCGUUCGUAUUUCCAACCAAUCAAUGAAAAUUUUGUAUGCGCUGGAUAUUCUGAUGGCGGUGUUGAUGCUUGUCAGGGUGAUUCCGGUGGUCCACUUAUGAUGCGUUACGAAUCACAUUGGGUACAACUUGGAGUUGUAUCAUUCGGUAAUAAAUGCGGUGAACCUGGCUAUCCUGGUGUAUAUACGAGAGUUACACAAUAUUUGGACUGGAUACGAGAUCAUACAAAAGAUUAG